AGAGAGUGGCGAGGAAAUGCUUCACGCCCUGGUGGCUCACAGUACAGCCAACAAAGACACGACGCCGCCGAUAGAGCGGGAUUUGCUAUGGGAAGGCAGGAAGCUGCGAAUGAUUCUGGAUACGGGCUCCCCAGUCAGCGUAAUUCCCGAGAGCGCUUUCAAAAGACACCGUAAACGGUGGCCGGCCCUGGAAACGACCCCCCUACGCUUGUCGUGCUUCCUGGGGCCGCUGCCCGUUGUCGGCAAGAUCACCAUGAGUGUACAGUACGGACAGACGCAGGUGCGCAGCUCGUUGAUUGUGGUGAACUGCCCAGGGCCGCUGCUUUGCGGUAGGAAUACGCUGCGGGCGUUUUACGACGCAGGGGCACCGCUUCUAGAAACUGGGGCACCGCUUGGGGUGAACAUGGUGCAGGCCGGCGCAGAGGGGCAGGACCUACUGGAAGAAUUUGCAGACGUUUUCGAAGAGAAGCUGGGGUGCUGCCAGGGCCCACCAGUAAAGCUGUACAGGAAGGAAGAUGCGCGACCCCGUUUUUGUAAGGCGAGGCCGGUGCCCUACGCGCUUCGCGACAAGGUGUCGGCGGAAAUCAACCGCCUGGAGAAGGACGGCGUGCUCUCGCCGGUCAGCGUG